UGUCCUGUCGUCAGCGCAAACAUGGCGAGAGCUGGACCUUUCAGGAGUUAGAGAAGUGAAAUAAAGCGAUUUCUUCAAGUUUUACUGAUUUGCAGAGCAUUGCAGACGUGCAUCAGGAGACCGGAACGUGAGAUAAAGUGUUUCAGUCCUGUUUUACAGAGCUGAAUCUCGUUUUAAAGGAAUUUUAGGAUUUGUGCGGUAUUUUAAGUGCUGAUCAGGACUGGAGGCAUGACGGCAAGCACAGGUGGCGGCGGAAGCUGUUUAUCCAUGAGUCUGUCUGCCCUAAAGAGACUCGACCCCUACAUUAACAGCAUCACAGACCUGGCCAGCCAAGUAGCACUUUACACCUUCAACAACACCACUAAUGAAUGGGAAAAGACAGAUGUGGAGGGAACUCUGUUUGUCUAUAACAGACUUGCCUCCCCCAGGCACGGCUUCACCAUCCUGAAUCGGUUGAGCAUGGACAACCUGACCGAACCCAUCACUAAAGACUUAGAUUUCCAGCUGCAGCAUCCAUUUCUCCUGUACAGGAACGCUCGCUUGUCCAUCUAUGGCAUCUGGUUCUACGAUAAAGAAGACUGUCAGCGUAUAGCGGAACUCAUGAAGAAUUUGGCAGGGCAGGAACAGCAGUUACAGCCGCAAAUGGCAAUUGGCUCUGUCUCUCCGCGAUCAGCAGAGCAGGGUGUGGAUAUAAUGCAGAUGCUCACUAAAGCACGAGAUGACUAUGAUAAGGGAAAGCUCAGCGAGCCAAAAGAAAUUGGCAGUGGUGGUGUCAUCUAUGGAAACCCCCAUUUGAUCAAACCCAUCCCCCUCAAACCAGCACAGGACACACACAUUCAGGGUCAAAUGCAGCAGGAUACAGAGAUGGACUCAAAGCACCUCUCGGUUAUCACUUUGUUCGGUGCUCAGUCAAAACCAGACUCUGUCUCGCCACAGCCCACCUCAGCUGUCAGCAGGGUGGGUCCAAUGCGGCCUGCGGUGGCCCGCUCGCUGUCUUAUGAUGAGCCUUCUCUGGCAAGUGGCGCCGUGGUGUCCAACACCCCCACACAGCACUGUCCAGCCAUCCACAAGCUCAUGUCUGGUUCGCUGCUGCAGCCUCUGUCUGAAUCCCCAGAGAGUCGUCUGUGUGAAAACGGGGCAGUCCAGAACCAGCCUGACCCGAUACAAAAACUGCUAAUGAACCCUCUUCCUGUGGCGGUGACUCAAGGGAUGCCUUCCUUACAGUUAAAUCAUGGAGAAAGUGGGGUAGGGCCCCAAAUCCACCCUAUAGCUAAACCCUCAGGGCCGGCCCUGGCUCAGCACUUGCUCUAUGUCCCAAAUAAAGCACCCCCUGCUGGAGUGGCAGGGAACAUGGUGUCGCCACAUGAGCUUCUGCAAAGGCUCACAUUGGUGCAGCAGGAGCAGGAGCUCCUACAGCCGAGUCUGACCACCAGCAGCUCCAGUCUCAGCAAAACUAACUCCACACAGGUGAGCUCACCGCAGCGUAUCCCAGCGACUGUAGCCCCCACCCUCCUUCUGUCACCCAGCAUGUUCACCCAAACUAAAGCCACGAGAGCAGAACCAGAACCAGUUGAACCCAGAGCACUUAGCAAGACUCAGCUACAGGCCACGCUGCUCCACCUCAUCAAGAAUGAUGCCUCAUUCCUGGACACCAUCUAUGAAGCAUAUGUCUCCCGCCUCGGAACAGACUCCAGCUCAAAACCAUUCUGAAGCAGGAAAACCAUCUGGACACGUGUAUACGUACACGCUGCUUUCAUGCUCUGAUCUCAUAUCUGCGUCCCAUCUCAGGACUACCCUGCUAUUCUGAAUGUUGCAUCCAAUAAGUUGAGCCCCUCAGCACCAGAUUCACAACAGGAACACCAGUUUGAUUGCGAAUAGUAUGAUCUUCAUACUCUAAACUGAAUGAUCUGAAUGUCAUAUCACUUUUGAAUUUUAGAUGUUGUUCACAAAGGGCAAUCUUAAGUAUUUUAAUAUUUUCUGGAAGGAAAAUUUUAUUAUGGGUUUUUGUGUUUAGCUUUCAUACAACAGGGCAAGAAAUGUGUUGUAUGUUAAAAUCUGAGCGAAAGGACAUUCUUCUUUUUAUGAAGGGAUUUUUAUCUUUGCAUAUCUAAAUAGACCCACAGAAAAAAGAAAUAGCAUGAUGAAUGACAAGAUAAAGCAAACAUGUCUUGUCUUGAUUUCUAGCAUCUUCACAUCUCAGAAACUGCCGGAAAUCUCUUUACAAGCCAUGAGAAAAUGUUUAUUACUUUUAGUAACACUUUAAAAUGAAAAUUAAUUUUGUUUAAAUAUACAAACAAAACUGUAUAUAGAUAUAUUCUAUUUUUCUAUGGUUCUGUUCUUAUAUGAACAUGCUGGAAUAUUUUUCUGUUCCCCUUUUGAAAAAAAAAAAAAAAAAAAAAAAAAAAAAGACAAGGCCAUGUCAUCAGUGUUUCCCAAUCAGCGGGUCAAACUGAAAACAAUGUUCUUCCAUUUGUUUUUCCUAUUAAAAUAAUAUCCCAACACCC